CAUAAACUCAUCCUUUGCUUCGUCUCUUUCAUCGCCUGCGGCAACGCUUCAUCAUUUUCAACCAAAAUUUCUACUUCUUCCUUUUCCUCUCUCCAACACCUCUCUUCGUACACCAUUUUCUCUUUUCUUUUUGCCCCCGUCACCUUCUCUUAUCUUCUUCACCACCCUUCUUAGAAAGUGAAUAAAGAAGAAGAAAAUGUCUGGUGUGUCUGUAGCAAUGUCUCGUCCACCAGCACCAACGGGAGAACAAAGGGUGUCUUCAGGCGGCUCAAAGUAUAAACGGCGAUCAGAAGAGGGAGCACAAGGUGGUGGCAUGAUGGGUUCACUACGCAUGAUAGAGCUUCAACUUGUGGCCUUCAUUUUGGUGUUCUCAGCAAGUGGCCUUAUCCCACUCCUUGACCUAGUUUUCCCUGUACUUGCCUCUGCUUACAUCGUGGCACUCUCAUAUUUUGCCUUUCCGACAAAGUCCUCAUCAUCAGCUUCAUCUGGGUCGGGGACUGAGCUCUUCAGAGGGAGCAGAAUGUUCCGAAUGUAUGUGGUUGUUGGAACCACCGUGGGGUUGUUCUUGCCUCUGGCUUAUGUUCUUGGAGGGUUUGCAAGAGGGGAUGAGCAUGCUGUGCGUUCAGCCACCCCUCACUUGUUCUUGUUGUCCUUUCAGAUAUUGACUGAGAACAUCAUCGGAGGGUUGUCUUUGUUUUCACCACCUGUGAGAGCCAUGGUUCCCAUGCUCUACACAAUCAGAAGGAUCUUUGUGGAUAUUGAUUGGAUUCAUGAUGUCUGGCUCAACAAGACUUUGCCUGUCAAUGCCAGGUUUCAGGACUCGGCGUGGCAUAUGUUCGGGAAGUUUUUGGCAGUGGCCAAUCUGGUUUAUUUCUCGAUCAAUCUAUUCGUGUUCUUGAUUCCGUGCUUCCUUCCAAGAGCUUUUGAGAGGUAUUUCGAAGAUAAGGAAGAGAUCUUCUCUAAGUCAGCAGAGGAAAAGCGAUCUAUGGUUCACAACAAAUCACAAUUUCCAGAAAAGAAGACAGAUUAAGACCCAAUUUCACUUCACUUGCAAUUUUCAACACUUUCAGCAAUAUUUUUUGUUUUUUUCUCUUAGAAAAUGUUUAUGACUGUGUAUGAUGAUAUGUGUGAGCCUGUGGCUCCUUCUUUAGAUUAAGAAACUAUGUGGGUUUUUUGAUAGAUUUUAUGUAUCAUACAUGUUAAUCCUAAUCUGAAUAUUUUCUAGACUCU